GCGGCGCGCGACGCGGCAGUCGCACGCGGCCACGUGCGCGCACCGCCUCCGCACCCGCGACACACAGUCCACCCGCGCGCCCUCACCAACCACUCGCUCGAUAUCCCGAGAACGUUAUAGUGCAAUAUUUUACGACAGAUAUUCCUUUAUUAACCUCAUUAACAAAUCUCUCCUUACUGAGCUCGUGACAUCUUUUUAAUAUUCAUAGUGCUCUCACAGUUUAUGGGUCAAUAGUAAGUCUUUUAAGGAGAUUGCUUACAUCAUCCAGACAAUAAUUUCGGCGGGAAACAUUAUCACAUAAUAAAUUGUUGAACAAAUUACAGUGGACCUAGCAUCUAAGCUGUACACAAUUUCGUACAUUUUAUCAGAAUAUUAGGAUAGGCAUUAUAAGUGAAAAAGUUGUGAACAGUUUGGCCUCAUAUAAAAAUGAAAAUGAUGAAUAAUCACCGAUAGCGGUAAAAAUGGAUAUCGUGUAAAAUACAAUGGAUAAGUCGAUGGAGCCUCGAGAUCUGAAGAAAUGCGCCUGUUGGACAUAUCUAGUGCCCCCGUGGGGGUUCAAGGACCGGGAAGAAGAGAAGCUUUACUCGGCAUACACGCAGCGGCAGCGGCAGCGAGCCAUCCCGCGGCUACUGCUGGCCGGGGUGCUGCUGCAGCUGUUCGCGCUGUUGGUGCCGGGGGAGCGCGACGUAUUGUUCGCCUACACGUCCGUAGCGAUUGCGUUGUUCCUCAAUCUGAUCCUCGCUUCUAUGUACAUCUGCAUCCGGACUGCACGCCCUGCUCUGAUUCACAUCGCAUGGCUCGUUUUGUGGGCACAACUCCUUGUCAGUGUAUCCAGACGACUCGGUGACUCCUAUAAUGAACUGUUGGGGUGGGCUGUCGUAUUACAAUAUUUCACAUUGGCUAUUCUCCCUUUCCAUUAUUUGUUAUUAAUACUAUAUAGUAUAUUAUCAUUUUCUGCUUAUCUUUUGGUCCAAUACUACAAUGCAUCUACAUCUGAAAGCAGAUUGGCCGAGGACUUUUUCUAUCAGCAAAUAGCAAAUGGGUCACUGUUGCUCGGAGCGACAUUACUUGGUGGAACAGCAUACGCAAUAUCCGAGCGACAACAGCGCAGCUCGUUCCAGGAAACAAAAAGAAGUUUAGGAGACAAACUCACUAUAGAACAACAAAGCAAAGAGCAGGAACGUUUACUUUUGUCGGUCCUUCCGGAGCACGUGGCAGUUCAGAUGCGGCAAGAUCUAGGUCUCAUUGAUACACAGUUUAAGAAAAUUUAUAUGUCACGACACGAAAACGUAAGCAUCCUGUAUGCGGACAUCGUGGGUUUCACGGCUAUUUCUUCUACUUAUUCUGCACAAGAUCUUGUUGCAAUUCUUAACGAGCUGUUUGCACGGUUCGAUCGAUUAGCAGAGAAAUAUCAACAACUGCGAAUCAAAAUUUUAGGCGAUUGCUACUAUUGUAUCAGCGGUGCUCCGGUAGAGCGACCUGAUCACGCUGUCCUUUGUGUGCACAUGGGCCUGUCCAUGGUCAAAGCUAUAAAAUAUGUGCAACAAACAACUAACUCUCCUGUGGACAUGCGAGUCGGUAUACACACAGGAGCGGUGCUGGCUGGUGUGCUCGGACAGCGACAGUGGCAAUUUGAUGUUUAUUCCCGAGACGUCGAGCUUGCUAAUAAGAUGGAGAGCAGCGGAAUGGCAGGACGAGUACACAUAUCCGAAGUGACCUUGAGUUUUCUCAACGAUGAAUUCGAAGUGGAACCUGCGCACGGUGAGCGCCGAGAAGAGAUGCUGCGCCAAGCCGGGGUUAAAACGUAUUUCAUAGUGCGAGUGUUGAAGCCGUACCAGGGAGGCGAAGAAAAGAGUGCACCGGAGGGCGGCGAGGCCGGGGAGGCAGGGGACGGCGACGCGCUCUCCGACCUCAAAGAUGACGACGAGGACUCGGUUCUAUCACCACAAGACGAGAGCAAGGACAGUGAAGAAUUGAAAAUUCUCACAAUGUUGCAAGAAGAGCUCGUGAAUAGAGAUGACGACAAGGAACUAGCAGAUGCCACCACCCUGUGCCUGACGUUCAAGGCGACGGGGGCCGAGGCAGCGUACGCGCGCCGCCACGACUCGUGUCCGCUGGCGGUAGCGGCGCCCCCGGUGUGCCUCCUGCCGUGCGUCGUGUCGCUGGCCAGCUUCGCCGUGCCGCCCGCCUGGUCCCUGCAUGCCGUCUACCUCGCUCUAGUACUCGAGACUGGCCUAAUCAAUGUUGUCUAUUACGCCUACUAUCGAUAUGCUCAAUUUAAGAAAAAGUCAAUAAGCCCAUACUGGAAAUUAACGUGCGGUACGUUCAAUAUAGCCAUGUUUGUCGCAGCGAACGUCGCUCCUUUGAUUAUCUGCGGCAGUUAUGAAUCCGUGUUGAUGGAUGGCCUGCGAGAGGAUGCGCCUGCACACAGUGGCGCUCGUCGCUGCAUUCAUCCUUCUUAUUACUACCACGUGGGUGCUGGUGCGCUAUGCGGUGCGCUGUGGGUGUCCCCGCUGGGGGGCUGGUCUCGCGGCGCACUGCUGGCAACACUGGCUGCUGCGCAUGCGCUACCCGCCGCCCUCUACCCGGAGCUGUUGGUGCCAAGGCCCAGUCUCGAUAGGGACCCUUACAGAGUGCGGUUCAACGCAACCGUCGAUUUUGACGAAGAUAUUUUCAACAUCAUCGCGCAGAUCCACGCCGCGCGCAACAUCAUAAUGCUGUUCUUCUUAGCCAUUGCUCUGCUCAUAUUCAACAGAUACAACGAGUCGCUGGAGCGCGCGCGGCACUCGCGCGGUUUGCGCAUGCGUGCGCAGGCGGAGCAGGCGGCGGACCUGCGCAGGCGCAACCAGGCGCUCGUGCACAACGUGCUGCCGCCGCACGUCGCGCGGCACUUCAUGGGCGCACGACACCACCACCGCGACCUCUACAGUCAGAGCUACGCGGAAGUCGGCGUUUUGUUCGCUUCUAUGCCUAACUUUUCAGAAUUUUACUCUGAAGAAACAGUGAACAACCAAGGGCUGGAAUGUUUACGAUUUCUCAACGAAGUUAUAUCAGAUUUCGAUUUGCUGCUCGAAGACGCGAAGUUUAGUAAAGAUAUCAUAAAAAUCAAGACGAUAAGCUCUACUUACAUGGCUGCUUCUGGUCUUAACCCCACUCGACAGAUGCAGCCGUCAGACGGCGUGCUGGUCCGCUGGGCGCACCUGGCGCGGCUGGUGGAGUUCGCGCUGGAGCUGCAGCUGGUGCUGGCGGCCAUCAACGAGCAGUCGUUCAACCACUUCGUGCUGCGGCUCGGCGUCAACCACGGGCCCAUCACCGCCGGCGUCAUCGGCGCGCGCAAGCCGCACUACGACAUCUGGGGCAACACCGUCAACGUCGCCUCCCGCAUGGAGAGCACCGGCAAGGCGGGAUGCAUACAGGUGACAGAGGAGACGUGCCAAAUUCUGGAAAGUUUCGGGUACUAUUUCGAGCAGCGCGGACUGGUCGCGGUCAAGGGCAAGGGUCAGCUCAUGACCUACUACUUGCAGGGCAAGAGAGACGAUACCAACGCACAUACAGACAAAUCCACUAUGGAGGAAAAUCGAUCGUGUGAGAACGAUGCGCUGCUGGCCAACGGCGACGCCGCCGGCGCCGCACUGACGCCGCUCCACUCUCCGCCCCCCACCAACCCUCUACUACAAUCUUAAAUCAAUUUCAUAGAGGACUCGUAUAAGUCAUGUCAUUAUGCUUUUAGGCGAUUUAAAUAAAACCUAAUCACAGCGUUAGGAUUUACCGUUUACCGAAUGAAGCCGAAGUUUCGGUCAAACAGUAUAACACACUCGAUAAAAAUAAUAUCGUAAAUGCUGUAAGUCUGUAAGCUCAAAAUCAUACAUGAAGCAAAAAGCUUGUGCUGUACUAUCGAGUAUUUAGGAUUUCAACAGUGCAAAGUACACCUACAGACAGUAGUUAUAUUAAUGUAUAGUUCAAAAUAUUGUGUAAGUUUAUGAAUUGCACUAUUUUUGGUUCUCAAUUAAAUGGUAAACGCAAUAAAAAAUAUCAAUUUACUUUAACUUAGAAUUUUUGUACAAAGAUGAACCGACAUCUACGAAACUACCGACCACAGAAAUAGAUCGAGACGACAUACCCAGGCUGAGACUGAGCAGCACCUGACAAGUAUUUACUUGUCAAUAAAUAUUGAAAAUGUGUAUAAUCCUCAAUUCUACAACAUAGAUACUACUUAAAUUUUUAGAUUAUACGAGAACAAAUAUGAAAAUCCGUCCAACUAGUUACAUCAGUAUAAUGUAACUAGUGGGAAAAGGUGGCCUUUCCGCGUUUCUCGUUCGGAAACGGUUGCAUUAUCAUCUUCCUGUAAACUAAAGUACAGUUUUAUUAAUUAUCAUCAGCGUUGCCAGACGUGUCGUUCGUUCGGCUUUGCCUGGAUGCGCUAGAGAGAACACGUCAUAGGCACUAUGCUAUGCCAUAUAAUUAAUCUAGGAAGCGGAAAAGCAUUUAAUACCCUGGUGUGCUCAAAUGUCAAAGAAGAACCUGAAUUUUCUUUUUAAACCUUUGUAAAGGUCGGUCGAACUAGUAGUGCCUUUUGUGAAAUAAUGGAUUAAUCAAGAAUAACACCAAAUAUGCGUCAAACCAAAUAUUUGUUUAAUUGUUUAAUUAAAUUAGAUCUAAAAUUUUGUAGAAUGUUGUGGCAAGCAAAUAAUUCAAUUGAUUUACGGAUAAGUAGCUUUUAUUUAUUUAGUGUAGGUAGAAUUUUUCAUGAUAUAGAUAGAUCUUCCAAUCCAGACUUUAGUAAUACUGUUGCUUCUGGUAUAGCAAUAUAUACAAUAGGUAUUUAUUUAAGUAUAGUGUAUUAAUCUAUAUACUCGUACAACGAUGUAUACGUAUUUAGUUCAGAUGCAGGUUUUUUCUUAUUUAUUACUUAUUAUUAAAAUUACCCAUUAUGACAUUCACUACUACAAAUACAAACCUACAAAUUGCGGCUUCAAACGAGUAUGCUCCUAUUGUGAAAUAUCCAAUAAUUAAUAUUCAAUUUCAUUAAAUUUGUUGGUAAUUAAUGUAAGUAGAGAGAAAGCGAGUGCUGACUAAUGGUUGUUGCUAAAUGUUUCGAAUAACCUGUGACAUAUUUUAAAGUUUUUUUCGGAAAUUAUCAUUAAAAAUAUUUCAUGGAAUACACUUCACGGAUUGUUAAAAUCUUGUUUACUGACAAAGACAGUAUUAAACAACUAAAUUAGUACAACAAAUAAUUUUAAUUUACACGUCAUCAAGCAUUAAUUGCCUAAUCAUAUUAAUUUACAAAAUAUUUUAUAUACGAACAAAGAAGUACUGUACUAUAUAGCGCUAUUAGGAAUUUUAAUUAUACUAAACUGAGUACCCACAGUAACAGAUUGCAGUUAGUACAAAGAUAGUAUGUUAUUUCUAAGUUGUAAAUAUUCAAUAUCCCAGUAAAUUGAGCGUCAUUUUCGUUACGACCACAUUCAUGAUUUAAUCAGUGUUGUUGAUGGAUAACUACAAGUAGCAAUAUCUGUUUAAUAGGUAAAUCACGUUACUUGCUAAAGUCAUUUUACAUGUCGAGUAUCGAGUUAUUUUACAAGUCGACUCAAUGUACUAAGUAUUUUACUUUGUUAGAAUUUUUUGACUUACAAAUGCAUGAUAAAUUAGUAUCAAGAGGUAAAAGAAAUCAGAAUAGGGAAUGUAGGUGAGUAUGGACGAGCUCCUCAAAUAUUGUACAUUGUGGAUAGUAAUAGAUGCUGGAAUUACAUUUUCCAAAACACUUGUAGUUUGGUUUAUCAAAAUUAAUAUACAAUUACAAUUUUAAAUUAAUGAGUAUUAAAUUUGAUAAAUCAAUCUUCCGUUUCUUCUUCCUAAUAUUACAUAUGUACCUCUAUCCGGUUCUUUAUUUCUCCAACCGUGCCUACAGGUCAUAGCUAUAUAGUUAGAUAAUUAUUAGUACAAAGUAAUAUACUAUGCUUCAAACACUCUAAGUACAAGCAUCUAAAAGGUGUAGUAAAAAUUAAUAAUAUAUCAAUAUAAGUAUAAGUGUGCUAUGUCGCUAUAACUAUUCCUAUAUAGUUGUGUGCAAUAAAGUGUACAUAAAAUUAAAUAAAACGCAUUUCAUAAGUACUAGAUAUUUCUACAUCAGUCUAAUUUGAGGGAAAUCCUAGACGAUAGAUUCUGGAUUGGACGGACAUAUUCAGGUUACAGCUUGGAAGUAUUUUUUGUUGCAGAACGUUAUUUCCUCAUUUUCUUUUAAAAGUUGGCAUUUGUAAUGACCCUAUAAAAAUUACUGAUGGUUAAAAAUCAACCUGUACAUAUGCAUGCUUGUGCGUAAGAAUGCAAGUUUUACUUAUGCAACUCGAAUAUUACAGACUUGCAGAUAAAUCUAUAGUCAUCAGUGUUGCCUCAUCUUCACAUUCGUGUAUUCUGUAGCUAUAUUGUGAUAUUGAUUAUUAGGUCAUUGUAUAGGUAUUAACAAUAACAACAUCGAUGUCACUAAACCUGUCACAGACAUCAAGUAUACCUAAUAUAUGUUUGUAGCAUCAUAUAGAUAUACUUAGUUACGUACUGCUUAUAAUGAUUUAUGCAAUUUUUAUAUUAGAAAAAUAAGUAUUAGGUAGGUAGUGAAACUGUGCUUUCGUCGCCUAGUUCUAGCCUAAGUAUUAAUUAUGUAAUAUUAUAUGCAUUUUGUAGCAUCGAUGUUUACCGAUGAUAUUAUGUGUUACAAUAAUAGAGCAGAAUAACUUAAUCUAUCGUAGGAAUAUUAAGUGGUGAUAUUAAUGUGUAUGUACAUAUAUCUGUACUAUCUAUGUUAGGUCUACUUAGAAAAAAAUAUUUUUCUCUCUAGUGAUAUAAUCUUCCUGUGAUUUGUGACUUAAUAAUUUUAUACUUAUAUCAUUAGCUCAAUCGUCUAAAGGUUGAACUUCUCUUGGCUAUAAUUUUAAUAAAUAAAGCAAUA